AGGCUGUUUGUGGAUUGAAUUAAACUCACUUGACUUUCAGUCCACUGGAAUACACUGAAAAACCCCGAGAUUUAUUUCAACUGAGUGUAAAUAGAUUUUAAUGACACGGCUCGUCUAUUUUUACUUUGUGGAAAGGUGACUGUCGAUCGCUGGCGCCUGCUUAACAAGAUUAUCUGAACUGAAUUAUAUUAUUAGCCAGAACUUCUCUAGCGCCUCCUUUAGGUCAGUUUUGGACUCUAAACGAUGUCUCUGCUAAUAAUAUUAGCUUUGUUUCUAAUUUAAGCAAAUGUUCCAAGAUGGAUGUUUGUUGUUAUCGUCACAUGAUCUCUCCCAUCAUAAAAAUCUAUGUCAUACUCAGAACUGAUUAAGCUUUUGACUGAGGACAAUAAAAGUAGCAGGAAGAUGUAAACAUGAGCUGCUGCUCAACAUCACAAGACAGCAACACAGUUUCUCGUUGUCUCAGAUGGUGGUUUGGAAAAUGGUGCAAUGCCUUGGCUGCCGUUCCCGUCCCUCCAAGUCUGUCAAUUAGUGAUAAUGGACCCCAUCGGCAGAGAGAGGCCACUCCCUCGCUCCUUCUACCCUCCCUCCUUCACACUUUCUCUCUCUCUGCCCGUCUUUCUUUCUACCUCUCAGUCAGUAAUAAUGGAGCCCGGCAGUCCAAAGAAGAUCCAGUUUGCUGUGCCUCCCCUGCAGGGACAGAUUGACCCACAGGCUGCUGAACAUAUCCGCCGCAGGAGACCGACCCCCGCCACCCUGCAGAUCUACAGACAACCUGGGACAGAUGUUGGAGAUCAACAAAACGCCAGCGGGGAGCCACAGGCCUCAGACGGCGCUCAGAGGAAGCAGAGCACAUACGCCCCCCCAUCAAUGAAAGACCUUGGGCUGGGGGUGGAGCAACAUCUCCUGGGGGCGGGGCUCUGUGAAACAGACAGCCAGCUGAGCCCAAUCACAGCGCAACUGUAUGCCACCGGUUACACGUGGGCCAAUCACAAUCAGCCAGAGGAAGCCAAUGGGAAUGAGGCGUGUUUGCUGUUAACCAAUCAGGAGAGAGGCGUGGCAGAGAACAAGAGCUCAGGCGAUUUGUCCAUCACCAAAGCUAAAGAAGCGUCCAGCCCCGACUCCAUCUCCCGAUAGCUGCUUCUGCUUCGUCUAACAUCACUUCUGUCCUUUUGUGUCUCAUUAACCAACUGUUCUCCUGUCUGCUUUACCACUUAUUCCAAUACUGCUCUACUUUGCUAAUAUCCAGCACUUAAUUACUACUUUCAUUUUUUAUUUUUGUUUUUUUUUGGUUCGUUUGGGUCAGUCUGAAUUUUUAAAAUGUGGCUGUGAAUAAAUCAAUAUUAAGGGCAAACAAAUGUCUGAGUGUUUUCUUAAACAAUAAGGCAGAUUUAAGUCCUCUAUUUUUAGAAUAAUAUGAAAAAAAGUUUGGAUGAAAUUGAAAUGUUCUGAAGUUGCACUGUUAUUCCUUGAAAUGAUCUAAACAAACCCAACCUAUGAGAGAGUCAACCAUCAGGGACGGGUACCGGCCGUCUGAGAGACCCAGUGUUCAUGUUGCUGCAUUAGCAGCUGAAAUAACUUCAAUGUUUUUCUAAACAAGAGUGUAUGGGGAGCAAGAAAAAAAACUCCCCCACUGAUUCUUAUAGUAGACAUGGGCCCCAAAAGACUGAACACCCUCAGGCACAAUAUCCUCCAAAAAUACAAAAGAAAAUAAAUUUACCAGAGAUCUGACCACUGAAAGAAUGGUAAAAAGAUGUUUUCAGUUACUUGUAUAUUGUCGUUUGUAUUGCUUUGUCUUUUAUGCUAUCUGUACAUCUGGUCUGAAUUUAAAUAUACAUGUUUUUUUUUUUUUUGAAUUUUCAUCUAAAUUUUGACUUUGAUUCCAAGAAAACACCCAAAGAAUUGUUGACUUGAUCUGUGUUUGUGGAACCACAAUGAAUAUAAGUUAAAAAGUUCCUCAUUCAUACCUACGGGGAUUUUCUGGGGCCUUGUGUGAGAGAGAUCUCUCGUCUGAUAAAGUUUAGUUGAAAUUUCUCAUGCUUGGGGUUGAUAGGAGAACCUACAUGUCGUCUGCUUCCUGGAUGUGGCCGGAACAUCCAGGAGUAAAAAAGAGGCUUGCAAAUGUGAGAUGUGUGUAAACAAGAUGCGGCUUCCUCAAGUCUGGCCUAAUUUCCCAGAAUGUUUAGAAAAUCAUUCAAUUUGUCUUAAUCAACAUCACCUGUUUGUCUGGCAGUAAACCAAGAAAUGACUUGUCUGAGCUACUUGUAUUGCUUUAUCAUCCACUGGUGAACCUCCCACAUAUAAACUCUGUAAAACUGAUAGUGGGUACCGCCUGGGAUCCAAAGAAUCAUCCAAAUCUGUUGGACAAACAUUUAUUGCCUUCGCUCCUUCCUUCUAAAGGUCCCACAUAUUUGGUGCACUUGACUACAAAAUCCCAACCAUGUGUGGAAAGUCAACGCAGCUCAUAGAGUAUGCACAGCAUGUCACAUGUCAUGUGGGAACCUGAAGACCGACAGGUUCGAAGAAAUAAAAAGCUGGACUGUAAUAUUCCUUUAAUGUCAACAGCCUUAUGUCUCGUUUUCACUGAGCGGUUCGGCAGAGUUUGGGAUGGUAUUGUUGUGGUAUGGUACGCUAUUUUGUUUGCUGACUUUGUAAAAGCAGCCCGAAUGUUGUGUGACUAAUACCACAAUAUUCCUUGGACUCCUACAGUUCUGAGGACAAUUGUAAUGUGGUUAGUGUGAAGCUACUGGCAUUACACAACACUGUCUGUUGACUGAACAGAAAAUCUUCUUGUUAGGUGUUUAACUCUACCUCACCAAUGAGAGUCCACCUGGUGGAGGAAGCUGUCUCCUGGUACCAUAACAUAGCGUACCAGAUCAGACUGACCCGUUACGUGCCGCUCAGUGGAAACAAGGCAUUAGAUCCGGAGAGCGAGCAACAUUCCCCAAUUGCUAUUUGGGAGAGACCUUUCAUGUUGCCUGCUGUGAAAGUGGAAAUCUGUCAAAACUGAGAGCUUCAAAGAUCCUCCCUGCCCUUUCCCUUAGAUCAGAAAAAAAACAGAUUAAGGAGAGAUCUUUUGUUUAAUGAAAUACUUUAAGUCUGGAUAACCUUGGGUCUUAGUUCAAUUAGAAGUCUGCUCAACAGCAGAAGACAUUUUUUAGUGUUUGUUAUUGUUGUUAGCUUGGUUUGUUACUUGUAUUGCUUGUCAGUAGAUAUGGGUAACUGCAUAAUAAUUCAUUUACAUUUCAUUUCUCUAACUAGGGCAUGGUGAUCUUCUCAUAAUCUGUAUGCGACAUUUGUCUGAAAAUAAAUCUUUACACAGAGAUAAAUUCAACUCCUGACCUUUUUGUUGAAUGGAAUUUUUCAAUGAGGAAAUUGAAAAUUCACAUUUACUCAAGUCUAGUUUAAAUUUCACAUUGUUUUAUUUGCUUAAGUUGAGCAUAAAUUAUG